AUGCGGUUUUGCUUAGGAUUCGUUGGAUUGUCUCUUGGUCGUCAAUAUGUUGUGGAAUUUGUUGUGGCCAAUCCAGUGACCAAACAAGAGAUUAGGUUGCCAGACCUAGAACGUCGUCGGGUCUUGAAGAUUUAUCUCGCUGUGAAUAAGACUUGUAAGAUGUUAAGAGUCUUAGCAGCUCUACGUUUGUUAGAGGACAUAAUCUAUUAUCAUGUGUGUCGACUAGAUGUGGAUCCAGCCACUUAUGAAUGGGAUCACCUCCGGCAAAGAGGGAUUUCUGACCAACUUAUAGCUUCCUCGGCGUAUGAUAUGUAUCUCCGAUUUGACGUGAUUAAUGAGCUUCUAGAUUUUGUUUUGACCCCUAUGGACAUUGAUGAUACUGGUUACAACAUUGCUAGGAAUUUGAUUGAUUACAACGGAAGACUAGCUUCCAUUGUAAGGAAAUUCGAGUACGAGAUGUUUUCAGGGUUUACUAUGUGGCUGCUCGAUUUUGCAAACAAGAACUGUACAAAUCGUGAACUUGUGUUUUCUCCCGAUCCCAAAUGGAUAGACUAUCUGAGUGGAAAAUAUUGGUCAUGUCCAAGGUUUAGCAAUGACGGCGAAAUCAUUUUCGCAACACGACACAUGCCAGGGCUGCCUUUCACCAUUGUUUUUUAUGACCAUGAAAAGAACAAGAUGAAAAGAGAGGAAAUAGAUGGACCUGAAGAUGUACUGCCGUUUCGAAUUGGACAGCUUGGCCAUUCUCGCGACUUCGUCUCACAACACCUUUUUUGUGCAACCAACACCAUCCCAUAA